AUGAAUCACGUAGCGCUCUCAAGUGAUCAAGUAAAUUAUCUCAUUUAUCGUUAUCUAAAAGAAUCAAGUUUCGAACAUUCCGCAUGGGUUUUCAAUGAGGAGAGUAAAGCGAAUCAGCUGGGUUUCAAAGAAACCGACAUUAGAACUGGAGAACUGAUCAGGAUCAUUCAAGAAGGACUACAACUAAGAGAUUUGGCGAUACACGCGCGACCAGAAGGGCGAACUAUAGAUUGUCACGUCCCCGUGCAGUUGAUAGGUGUUCAUCAAUGUGAUGCACCGUCGACUCCUUCUCACUCAACGGAAGAAAAUAUGCUAAUCAACGACAACGAAAACGAAAGAAUCGAUCCUAGAAGUUCGCCCGAAGAAGAAUCCACCAAGGCUAAUGAUGUGGAGGCUAGGCUGGAGGUCAUGGAUCAGGAGGUAAACAUCAUAGAGAGGGAACGUAAAAGAGAUUCUCAAAACAUCGACGCACGUCAACGUGAUCAAAUUAACGAAUUAAAGAAUAAUCAGAAUGAUAAUAAUGACGAUAUGGAAAUAGAUAUUCCCACGAGUUCUCCUUCGCCUCUGUAUGGUCCACCGGCUGGCACGUUGGGUCCCACAAAAAAAUCUUCAAGUGAUCGAGCUUCGAUGGCAAAUCCUGUCGUUUACAAGUUAGAAUCCUCAAACCAUUUGUUGUUGAAAGUUCCCGGCGAAGAAUUGGUUUCAUUUUCGUGGAAACCAAAGGAAGAUGUGUUGGCGACUGGGGGGCAGGAUGGAAUCCUACGCAUAUGGAACAUACCCGAACCCAGUGAAAAACUCCAGGAACCGAAGAAAAUUGAAUAUCCACCUUGGCUAAAUACACAGACCGCGUUCAUAACUUGGUUAGACUGGCAUCCUAUCCAAGAUGAUCUAAUUGCUUGCUCAUAUUUCAAUGGACUUUCGACCGUCUACAAGAUAAACAGCGGUCUCUUGCACCGAAAACUUGAGGAGCACAGGGAAAGCACCUUAAAAAUAAAAUGGAGCCCCAAAGGAUUAAGAGCUUUGACCGCUAGUUGUGACAAGAACGUAAUCUGCUGGAACAGAGAUGGUCAUGCCAUGCGUUUCGCCGAAAUGCACAAAGACACAGUGACCGACGUUGCUUGGAAGGAUGACAAGAUUUUUGCAUCUUGUUCCAACGAUAAGAAAAUAUUCCUAUGGGAUUAUAAGAUGAGGGAUAAACCAAUCAUGGAAUUUGCUGGUCAUGAUGAUGAGGUCUUUUCCAUCAAAUGGGAUCCCACGAAAAACUAUUUGGCCUCUUGUUCGAAGGAUGGAAAGUGUAAAAUCUGGUCCGAAGGUCACCAAAAUCCCUUGCAAACUCUUCAGGCAAAGGAUGGCCCUAUCACAUGCGCAGAGUGGCAUCCGAAAUCGAAUGAUAGCGAGACCUUACUGCUAACCACUUCACAGAAUAGUGGUGUGGUAAGAAUCUGGAGUGCACUGGAAGGAAUCUGCUUGCAUGACUUUUCUCCGAGCAAGUCACACAUCAACGCAAUCGAAUUCUGUUCAAACGGCUUAUACUUUGCGACCGGAUCUGCGGACAACCUCUUGCACAUAAUUGACGCCAAAUCAUAUAAAAUACGUGAGAGUCAUAUUUUAGGGAACGACAUUAUGAGUAUCAAAUGGAAUUACAAUUGCACCAAGAUCGCAGCGACGCUGCACAACGGAACCAUCUACAUUAUCAAAGCAUUUUUAACCGAUUAA